AAUUGUAAACAUAACCUAUAAAAAUAAUAUCCAAUUAAAAUUAAAAUAAAUACAAACUACAUAACAGAUUAAAAUGCGAUAUGUUUCUCAGUUGUUUCAACCUCUAAUAUCGAUACCAAAGAAUGCUAAAAUAAAAAAUACGGAGAUCACUUGUAAAAGCCAAAAGUUACUUCUAGAAUGUGGCUUAAUACGUCCGACCAGCUCUGGCCUCUUCUCCCUGCUGCCACUUGCACAGCGCUCACUAGACAAGCUUGUAACUCUCAUACGAAGACAUGUGGAGUCCGCUGGGGCACAGAAGAUGAGUCUACCGUCACUGACCGCUGAGAGCCUGUGGGAGAAGACAGGGAGGUUGGCAGAUGUUGGUGAGGAGUUGUUGAAGGUGGAAGAUAGACACGGAAAGAAGUACUUGUUGGCACCAACACACGAGGAAGCCGUAGCGGAUUUGUUGGCAGACGUGGGUCCACUGUCAUAUAAACAAUUGCCUAUCAUAUUGUACCAGAUUAGCAGCAAAUACCGCGACGAGCGCCGCCCGAAGCACGGUCUGCUGCGGGCCCGAGAGUUCCUUAUGCUCGACUCGUACGCCGCACACUCGCAUCCCGCAAACUCGCAUGCCACAAACUCGCAGCCCUCAAACUCGGCAGACGAGCCCGACGUGUACUCGCGCCUCGCUGGCGCAUACUCGCAGAUCUUUCAAGCGUUACGACUUCCCGUUCAUAGAGUGGCGGCCCCUACCGGCGAUAUGGGAGGCACUCUCUCCCAUGAAUGGCAACUGCCCGCAGCAGCUGGGGAGGACCAGAUAGCUGUAUGUCCGUCCUGCUCGCACGCCACGCUCACUUCCACACGUACAAACUGUGAACAGUGCGGGAACGAGACGGAGAUAUCCAAUUCUAUUGAGGUGGGUCACACGUUCGUUCUCGGCGCGCGGUACAGCGAGCCGCUGGGGGCGCACGUGGUGCCUCCGUCGGGGCCCGCAGCACCCCUCGUCAUGUCCUGCUACGGUAUAGGUAUUACGAGAUUGCUAGCGGCAAGCGUGGAGGCACUGUCCACAGAGAAGGUACUCCGGUGGCCCGGCAAGAUAGCACCUUACAGCACUAUCAUUAUAGGACCCAAGGAAGGGUCCAAAGAGUGGUUGCAGCGAGGAUGGGAGGGAGUCCAGCUGGUGUACCGCACCCUGGUGGAGCUGCCAGGUCUGAGAGACGAUGUGCUGGUCGACGACAGGCACGGUCUCACCAUCGGGAAACGGCUGAUGAUGGCUGACCGAAUGGGGUAUCCAUGGAUUGUGGUAUGCGGAAGGUCAACGCUGGAUCCUGUACCCAAAUAUGAAGUAUAUAAGAGCAGUUCGCAGUCGUCAGACCCCGAACUAUGGACCUUAGAUGAACUAGUCGCAGCACUAUCAAAGAACACAGCAGAAUGUGUAAACAGUGAAUUUAAAAGAAAUAUAGCAUUAUAAU